UUCACACCACAGCCAAGACCCCUGAAGCUCCAAGGUCGAAGAAGCUAAGGAAUCAACUUAUUCUGUGAUCCAAGAUGACAUCUCGAUCUCUGAUUUUCGGAUUUCUUCUCGCCACCUUCUUCCUCGCUGGGCUUUCUCACUCUGAGGCAAUUGAGGGAGACUCCAUUAAAGCUUCCAUGAUAUCCCAGGAAAUUAGCACAACCAGCCUUGGCAAUCGUAAACUGCUAACUACCACACCCUCACUCUCACCAGAACAAGGUGUGGAAGAAGUUGUUGCAGAAGAAGGAGGGGAAAAGGUGAAGUGUUCGAGGGAAGACAUAGAUAUAUAUGAAGGGCAAACGGAUCCUCUACCGAACGGAAUCCCAACCUACUCAGUGAACAUAGUGAACGUCUGCAGCACAGGUUGCUCCAUCUCCAACAUUCACCUCAGCUGUGGAUGGUUCAGCUCUGCUCGUCUUAUCAACCCCAAGGUAUUCCGCCGCCUCUCUCACGACGACUGCCUCGUCAACAAUGGCGGACCCUUGGCUCACGGUCAAAGCAUCUCCUUCGUCUAUGCCAAUACCUUCCGUUACCCUCUUACCGUCUCUUCCCUCACCUGUUGA